GUCAGUAGGCCUCCAGCCCACCCCGCUCUCCGCUUGCUCUCAGGUCCGCCGCCACACGGCCAUGGCCUCGUUGUCCAGCCCACGCGCCGCGGGAGCGCUGCGGGUGCUCCUGCUCCUGUCCGCCUGCACCUACCUGGCCUGCGAGGCCGCGCCCUCCACCAGCACCACCACCGCCGCCGCGGCCGCCUCCACGACGGAGGCCCCGCAGACCUCCACCCGGCGAACAAAACCGCUGUGGAAUCAGACGCAGACGGAUAGACUCAAACAUGACCUUCUUCUCGGUUACGACAAGUUCGCCCGCCCUCACUCGCACGAGCUGCGGACUGACGUGGACCUGUUGGUCGUCCUGAAACACGUCAGCGUGGAUGAAUUUGCAGGCGUCAUGUCACUAGACGCAUGGGUAAAAAUGUUCUGGACGGACCCCAAGUUGACGUGGAAGCCGGACCAGUACGGCAAUCUGAGUACUCUAUACCUUCCGGAUCACGAGAUUUGGCAACCUGACAUCAUGCUGUACAAUAGCGCCACGAGCCCCGGUAUGACGGCGAGCCACUACGAGACCUCCCACCUGGUGGUCAGCAGCGACGGCGGCGUCAUCUGGGUCCCCAUGACGCGCCUCGAGGUCUACUGCGACCUGGACCUCUCGCACUGGCCCUUCGACACGCACACCUGCGAGUUCCGCAUGGGCUCCUGGGUCUACGACAAGGCCAACCUGGACAUCGUCGUGCACAACGAGACCUUCACCCACGACCCGCACAUUGAGACGGAGCCGUGGAUGGUGCUGAGCACCGAGUUUGAGCGGAAGGAGACCAAAUACGACUGCUGCCCCGAGAUGUACGUGGACGUGAGCUUCAAGCUGACGGCCUCCAGGAGGGGGGCGGCCUACCACACCGUCAUCACGGCACCCCUCAGCGCCAGCAUUAUGCUGAUCCUCAUCUCGUUUUGCAUCCCAUACCACCGACUGGAGAAGCUGUUGCUGCACGGCAUCAACAUGCUGAUGCUCACCAUCGCCCUCCUCUACCUCACCCACCUAGUGCCCGUGCUCGUCGACAAAACGCCAAUCAUAGUUGAGCUCUACGGCAUAACGCUGAUCCUGGUCGCGUGCGCGGCGGGGGGAGCCGGCGUCCUCGUCAACAUUACGAAUCAGAUGCGCUUCUGGCCGGUGCCGUACAUCGUGCACAAGUUCGUCAACUCGGUUGUCGUCAAAGUGUUUCUGUUGGGCAACGUGCCAGACGAGGUGCAGCCCCCGUCCAGGACGACCUCCGGCGGCGACCAGGACCAGGUGGCCAUCCUGCCGCUGCCGCACGGCUCCACCGCCGAGGGCAUGCACAUGGAGAACGACAUGGCCUACGCGGCCAACAGGCGCGACUGGGCCCUGCUAGCCAUGUUCAUCGAGCGCGUCUGCAUGCUCUUCUGGUUCCUCCUGUUCCUCGUCGUCACGUGGGCGUACGCCUAGGCGCACCCCGGCAAGGCCCGCCGGCUUCAUAUCAUCUUCAGUUGUCUAGUUCGUUUUGAGAGUGGCAACGUCAUUUGUCAUAAUAUUUGCAGCACCACCAACGAAGCUCGAGCCCACCUCACGGUCUCAUGAUCAAAGGAAUUUACUCUGUUAUGUCGUUUCGUACUUAUCGUCAGUGAUGAAUGCAUGUGCAAAAAAUAAUCUGUGCAUUGGACUAGCUCACAAAUAAUAAUUCAUGUAAAUCUAUACCCCGCUCGGUAAGACCCCUUACCCGGGCAAAGGAAGCUCGCAGCAAGGGGUAUCGCUGGAGCAAGUGCCUCCGGAGCGAGGUGCUCCUCCCCAAAAAGUGAACCAUGAUUUAAUUUUUUUAAAUCCCCAAAACAAGGAAUAUUUCUAAGGGGCUGGAGCACGCGUUUGGGAUCAUAGUAAAUAAAUUUGAAUGGAGACAAGAGCAGGGUCGGGCUGGGGGCAGCCAAAGCUGCCUUUCCCUUUUCACUGCUGAGUCACAGACGCGGGGGACUCAUCCCGACAACAUGUGACUGGGUCGGCCCGGCCUGCCUUUUUUACGAUAGUUGUCGCCAACUUUUCUGGAACAAACUUUCUAAGGUUUAGGGAGGGAGAAAGGGAGGGGGUGGGUGGUGUGCAUUCCUCCAGAGGCCAUAGCCGACCGUCUAUGGCCCGUGGGGUACGAGUAUGUGACCCAUCAGCUUUGGCUAAGCGGUGUCCAGUUUUCCACUUUCGAUUUUUAUUUUCGAAUACCAGGUGUCAUGUCGCGCGUUUUAGCUGCUGUUAUGUGAUAACUUUGAUCAUUUUGAGGGGGGCCACAUUUGCCAGAUUGACAGAGAAAGAUUCUGAUGGAACUAAACAAUCAUACUUUAUUGUGAACCUUUGUCCCUACCGUUCAUUUCAUAUCCGCAUUCAUUCUUUUCUUUUUUUUACACGGUCUAGAACUUUAAGUCAUCAUCAUACUUUACUUUUGUUUUUUACAAUGUACAAGAUGUUCCCUCGAGGAAAUUACUGAAAAAAAUACGUACAGUCUACAACAGAAAAAUAAAAGAGAAACAAAAUUUCAA